UCUGCUCGCCUCGCUGUAUAAUAACUUGCCAGCCGGCACCAAACCGAUCGGUUAACCGGUCCAACUGAACUGAACCGAUUCCAUCCCAUAUCUCCACUCCAAAUCCCAGGAAGCCUCGCGUACGUACGUUCGUUCCCACCACCAGCACGCACGCCAUGGCCGACGCCCCCGCCGUCGACGUGGAGAAGGCCGGAGGGCCCCCCGGCGCCGCCGGCGGCGGAGGCGCGGUUGGCGCGAUCGUCGGGCGCUGGCGGCGGCAGGACCUCCUGGACAAAUCCGGGUCGGCGCUGCGGGCGGCGGCGUGGGCGUUCUCCCUGCUCGCCUUCCUCGUCAUGGUCGCCAACGAGCACGGCGACUGGAGGCAGUUCGACCACUACGAGGAGUACAGGUACAUCGUCGCCGUCGGGCUGCUGGCGUUCAUCUACACCACGCUGCAGCUGGUGCGGCACGGCGUCCGGCUCACCGGCGCCCAAGACCUGCAGAGCAAGGUCGGCCUGCUCGUCGACUUCGCCGGGGAUCAGGUAACAGCGUACCUUCUGAUGUCUGCGCUGUCCGCCGCGAUCCCAAUCACCAAUCACAUGCGCGAGGGAUCGGACAACGUGUUCACCGACUCGUCCGCUGCGUCGAUUAGCAUGGCCUUCUUCGCCUUUGUGUGCCUCGCGCUCUCGGCUCUCAUCUCGGGUUUCAAGUUGUCCAAGCAGACCUACAUAUGACGCUUGUAACAUGUCUUCUACCUCGAUGUUCAUUUGGUUCCUCCUUGACGUUGUACAAUCCAUUUGGUUCUUCCUAAUGUAUACAUAUAUCAUGGGUUCUUUUGUGCUCCCGACUAAUGGAUGCUUCUUUUGCGUCCGUGUUUAGGUGUUUAUAUUGCCAUGUCAUGUAAUUAUGUUUCACUCAAAUGAAUGAGAGUGUGUGUUCAAUUGA